ACAGACAUAAAUUAAACAUACACCCAAAUCCGUUGUUUCACUCAAUUUUAUCGCUCUUAUCUCUUCUCUAAUGGCGUCUUCUCAACAACCAAAUCUUGAAACACCGAUCAAAAUCCAACCCGACCACCAAGAAACCACCGUUUUAACCCCUGUAUCUCCGCCUCGACCGCUCCUGGAAUCUUGCCGGAGUCAUGAAUCUCCUCCUCCUUCUGCUCGAGUCUCCUCCUCCACCAACGAGCCAAUGAAGAAAAUCGGAACCCCGGAUCGUCUAAAAGUUCCUAUAGCUUUCAAGUACCCGGAGAGGUACAGAAGCCCAACUGAUGCAAUGAUGUCUCCAGUUACUAAAGGUCUUCUCGCAAGGACCAGAAAAGCUUCCGGUUCUCUUAUCCCACCUAGCUUUAACCAAACCAAGAUUCAAGAACUACGCAAACCGGAAUCUGGUUUAUCAUCUGUCAGUUGCUGAAGAAGACAUCGCAAGUUUCGUGGCUUGAACGGAAUACAUUGUUCUUGGCUGAUGUACCUUUUUUAUCUUAUGUUCUCAAACGUUGAGGUUAAUGUAUUUCUUGAUUAUUAUGUUCGCAGUUCGCGUUUUAUAAAAAGAAAAUAUUAAUCAA